UGUCGUUUCGCUACAUUGCCAGUUCGCUACCAGUCGUUUCGCUACAUGUGGCGGUCGUUUCGUUACAUGGUAGGUCGUUUCGCUACAUGGGUGGAGUCGUUUCGCUACAUGAUGGGUACGGUCGUUUCGUUACAUGGAGGACGUUUCGCUACAUGGGUGGAGUCGUUUCGCGACAUGGAUGUAGGUCAUUUCGCUACAUCGUAGGUAGUUUCGCUACAUGGGUGGAGUCUUUUUUCAAGUUUGUGCUAAACUCCGGGCUAAAUAUCUGUUGUGAAUUUAGGGAAAAAAUGCUCGAGUAUAGUACAAUUACAGAUUCGUCUUCGGGUAAUCAUCAUCAUCAUCAUCAUCAUUAUUCACGGCGUAGUAACCAAAUUUGAUUUUUGCCGCAUGCAGUUUGAACGGGCUAAGUGUGCGGGUGCAUGACAAAAGUUUGAAACAAAAACUCGGAAAUGUUCUGUUCGUUCCAAAAAAAGUUUGUUAUAGGGUAACGAAAUAAAAACGUAACAAAUGUCUACCAAUUCAAAGUCCUCCACACUUAUUUACAAAAGUAAUACUGGCGGUUUUAAUUAAUAUGUAAAGUCGAGGACUUAGUGAGCCCCCCUUUAGGUCGGGGGAGCUCCCCCGAACCCCCCUACGAGCAUAUGUUAUUAAGUGCAAGCUCUAACAACUACAGCUGUUACAAUGGGGGGACACCCCCCAAACCCCCUUCCGUCGACAUAGGUUUUUACCAGUGCGUUGGAGAAAAGAUAAGAGAAUCGACUUAAUCGAACUUAAGUCUAUCCACCGGCAGUCGCAGAUGAAGAGUGAUGGUGUGCAUCUCAACGACGACGGACAACACAGACUGGCACGAGAAAUCCGGGGCGUUAUCCUUAGGAGGCGCUAGGCCUUUGGUGCAGCAUUGAUAUACGGCCCUUUUCAGGGCCCUCAAAAAAGUAAAAGAGACAAAUGUGCAUGGCCUACAGAUAUUUCUAAGCAAGUAAUAAAAAUAAAGAAAUAAAUCGUGCAAUUCUGACCCUAUAGAACAAUAUACCAACUUUUAUAGGAUUUUAACAAAAAAUGGGGCCGGGCGUUUUUCGUAGGGGCGGGCGGGGACGAUCACCAACUCUUUUUUUUAUGUGGCCUAACCCAGGCCAGGACGACAAGAACCCCUUGCGCGCCAUCAAACCGUAUAAGUUUUUUUACCGGCAAACUGUGCUAUAAUAAAUUUGUAGUCACCACCGGGAAUUAUAGUAGGGUAAAAUAGAGUAAAAAUAAUGACUCCACCCAUAUAGCGAAACGACCUACGAUGUAGCGAUAUGACCUACAUCCAUGUCGCGAAACGACUCCACCCAUGUAGCGAAACGCCCUCCAUGUAACGAAACGACCGUACCAAUCAUGUAGCGAAACGACUCCACCCAUGUAGCGAAAUGACCUACCAUGUAACGAAACGACCGCCACAUGUAGCGAAACGACUGGUAGCGAACUGGCAAUGCAGCGAAACAGCCUGAUACCCUUGGCAGUGAUCCAUUAUUUAAAGGGAGAAAAGUCCUGAUGUUAGAGGGAGCACCAGAAGCAAAGGCAGUUCAGUUGACAGAGAAAUAUAACAAUAGGGUCUGCGCCCUCAGUCCAGCUUCAGUGGAGUUUUUAUCAAAGUUUGGUGCUUGGAAUGAAAUACUUACCAUGAGGGCCCAACCCGUGAAGAGAAUGCAGGUUUGGGAAGCCUGUUCAGAAUCCAUGAUUACGUUUGACCGAGACAGCAUGGACGGAACCUUGGCCUACAUUGUGGAGAAUAACGUCAUACUUGAAGGAAUAAACAGACAAAUCAGCCACUGCGGUGACAGUGUUGAAAUUAGGUACAAAACCAAGGCAAAAGGCUACGAACUAAGCACACAAACUGAAGAAAACCCAGGCUAUUCUCUGGUGAAAAUUCAUCUCGACAAUGGUGAGACAAUACGAACUAGAUUAUUGAUAGGUGCUGAUGGUUUCAGAUCACUGGUGCGAGAAACUGCCAACAUCAACACAAUUGGUUAUGAUUAUGAUCAUUCUGCUAUUGUGGCUACGCUACAUCUCUCUGAGCCUUGUGAGAACAAUGUUGCCUGGCAGAGAUUUCUUCCCACUGGACCAAUUGCUUUAUUACCACUGUCCGAUACAUUGAGUUCCCUCGUCUGGUCAACAACACAUGAAGAGGCUCAGGCUUUGAUGAAGUUACCGGGGGAUGCAUUUGUGGAUGAGAUCAAUAAAGCUUAUUGGCACGAGUCUGAAAAGAACAACUUGGCAGUCACUGCUGGUCAAAUCUUGGGUCAGGUCCUGUCAGCUUUACCAGUUGAGACGAGAAAGAGUGUGAAACAGCUGCCCCCAACGAUAGUGGAUGUGGAUGAAGAAACAAGGGCUACGUUUCCAUUGGGAAUAAAACAUUCAUCAAACUACGCUGCCCCGAGACUUGCUCUCAUUGGUGAUGCUGCUCACAGGAUCCAUCCACUGGCAGGUCAGGGGGUCAAUUUAGGCUUCGGUGAUGCCGAGUGUCUCGCAGAACAAAUAAGUCAUGCCAUUUAUGAUGGAGCAGAUAUAGGUGCCCUUCAUUAUCUCCAACAAUAUGAAACCAUUCGACAACGGCACGUCAUCCCUGUGAUGGCAACAAUCGAUGGUCUGAAACGUUUAUAUGGAACAGCAUUUUCACCGGUCGUCCUGUUACGCUCUUUAGGACUCCAGACAACAGAUUCUUUCCCAUUCAUUAAGGAUAAAAUAAUGGAACUAGCAAUGCAUGGAAUCCGGUCAUGAAGUGAUACACCAAUGUUCUUGAUCAUUCAUAAGGAAAGCAAGUCCUCAAGUGUUUAGUUUGUACUGUCUUGACUGAAAUGGAAUAGUUUCCAUGAAGUGGUUCAACCAUAACUAGUGCUUCUUGUAAAUAUGUGCUAUCUGAUUCAAAAAGAGAUUUUGUACAAGUACAGUGUUGUUCAAUCAGUACAAUAGUUGUAGCACUCGAGUAGGAUUUCCAAGUUAUCAAGUCACACAAGUGAUCUGUGUUUGGCCAGGAAACCUACUAAACAGCCACAAUCAUUCGUGUGGAGACAACCUAUGGAUUACACUUACUUUUGACAUGUCCAUCUGAGUUUCGACAUGUUUUUUCCAUGAAAUCUGCAUGUUUACGUCCACGAUCUCAGAUAAUCACUCACUCGGGUAUAUGAUAAAAAUCAGAAUGUAACACAAGCCGCACUUACACCACCUGAAAAUGGACCACCAAUCUUGGUUCGGGAACCAAUGCCGCACCAUCGAAAAUCCACCAAGCGCUUACACCAGCGCUGCAGCUAGUUAUAAAAUCCGGCUACAGAUGGCGCGCAAACAAUAAGCAGAACGCGGAAAGCCUUGGCAGAAAGCGCCAUUUCGAAAGCGCUGCCUGGAGCCGAACCAUCUAACUAGCUAAUUGCCGAUCCAUUUGCGCGUACACCACGACAAAGCCGAGCUUUUAACAAGCCGGGCGAAUUUGGACCAUCAAGCUUGGUGGGACAAAUUCGCUCGGCAAUUUGUAUCGGCAAUGGAUUGCCGAACCAAUUUGUCGCGGCAAUGUGGUGGUGUAAGUGCAAUUGGUCCACCAAUAUUUCGUGGUGUAAGCGCAGCUAUUGACUGAGGUAUAAUCAGAAUUAUUGAAAGAGAAUAAACAAAAAUAUGUGUAUUCAAUAUUUUACUUCUGUAUAUUAAUUACAAUCUGCUUU